GCAGUCAACCAUGUGGAACGUGGUGUCGCCCUCAACACUGCUAGAGUGUUACGAAUACACUGCUUAGUUGUGUACGAAUGUUUACGCAGCACUCGAGUCAGUCCAAUAGGUACAACUUAACCUUUCGCGAGGGUUUCUAUCUAUACGACAAUCACUGCCAAAUCAGAGACACCAACAAUCGACCAUUACGCCACUUUCAAGAUUAUCUGAUCAACGCCCGUCUUCUCUCCUCGAGACGAGCACGGAGUUCAUUAUGUCGUUAUCAUUUGAAACCUUGUUCCCAACCUUGUCCCUGCAUCCCUUGUGAGCCAGCAAGUACCGGAUUUCCACUCGGUUAUGCAUACCCCGCAGGGAUUGCGUGACGGCGCACCAAGUCAUCGUAAGAGGAGUGAUGAUUAUAUAUGAGUAUGUCAGAUAAACGAUAUCUUCCUUGACCCAAAUCUGUUGUACGGAGGAGCAAACCAAAGCUAGUUUCUUGUGCUCUAAACCAACAUCAUGGCACCAUCUAUCACCGAGACCGCCACCAUCUCCCUGCGGGCGAAGCCUGUGUCCGGGUUGAAGACAGAUUCGGGUUACAACAAGGAGAACUCGAUCGGAUAUGCAGAGGUCUAUAAGCAUGACGGAGAAGUCAAAGGCACAGAGAAGCAGCCGCCCGCGACGUUCCCGAACUACCUCCCUGUUUGGGACAACGAGACAGAAAGAUAUCCUCCUCUCCAACCAUUUGAGCACUAUGAUCACGGCAAGGAUGCGGAUCUCUCUUUUCCGGAUCUUUUGCCCAAGGACAAAGUCCAUAUUGACGACCUCACUCCCACAAUUGGCAGCGAAGUGCGUGGCAUCCAGCUGAGCCAGCUGACCAAGGAAGGCAAAGACCAGUUGGCUCGAUUCGUUGCCCAACGGAAGGUUGUGGCCUUCCGUGACCAGGACUUUGCGCAUCUUCCCAUCGACAAAGCCCUCGAAUGGGGUGGCUACUUCGGCCGGCACCAUAUUCAUCAGACAUCUGGAGCUCCCAAGGGCUAUCCGGAGAUUCACCUCGUUCACCGCGGAGCUGAUGACACGAGUGGUGCCGACUUUCUGGCGACACAUACCAACUCCAUUACUUGGCACUCUGAUGUAACGUUCGAGAGGCAGCCCCCUGGUACGACGUUCCUGUACCUCUUGGAUGGGCCUUCCACUGGAGGCGACACCUUGUUCGUGGAUAUGGCACAGGCUUAUCGGCGCCUCUCGCCGGAGUUCCGGAAGAGGCUGCACGGGCUGAAGGCAGUUCACUCUGGUAUUGAGCAGGUUAACAACAGCCUGAACAAGGGCGGUAUUGCACGACGGGAUCCAAUCACGUCGGAGCAUCCUAUUGUUCGAACUCAUCCCGUCACUGGAGAGAAGGCCUUGUUCGUCAACCCACAGUUCACCCGCUACAUCGUCGGAUACAAAAAGGAAGAGUCAGACUUCCUCCUGAAGUUUCUCUAUGACCAUAUCGCGCUAUCUGCAGACAUUCAAACACGGGUGCGCUGGCGCCCUAACACAGUUGUCGUUUGGGAUAACCGGGUGGCCGCGCAUAGUGCACUCUUCGACUGGGCGGAUGGCCAAAGACGCCACCUCGCCAGAAUCACGCCACAGGCUGAAGCUCCUUUUGAGACCCCUUUUGAUGGAUAAGUGAUAUCAAGUGGACGUGAUAGGCAUAGCUUGACAUAUUUCCAAUCUCUUGCGAGACUUAGCUAGCAGGACUCUGAGUCGUCAAGAGAAAUACGCCUUCGCUUGACACAUGCAUUUCGAAUACCACGUCCUCCGCAGGAGACUUGCAUUGAUUUCUUCACACAUUUGGACGGCACGUGGUUUGAGUAGGGUCUAGAGCCUGAGUAUCAUGGCACUUAUUCCUCUCGGAGAAUGCAGUUCCAGCGAUGACCUCACGUAGGAACAAAC